UGAUGAUUAUCUUUUAAAACUUAAUGAUCUCUUGAUAAAAAUAAUAGACUACGUAAUCAAAAGUCUAGAAGAGCUCCUCUGUAUCACUGAAGGAAAACCUUGCAAUAUUAAGAUCACACAGCUUGAAAGCGCAUUUCAGACAAAUAAAAAGAAACGGACUGCGGAUCAAGCAUUUGGAAACGACUAUUUUGACUAUAUUUAUGGUAUCGUGACUACGGGCACGGAGUGUACUUUAUCAUAUAUACUCCGGAUGGUAUUUACUGUACAAGUGGUAGUAAAUACCAGAUUAAUCUUACGAAAUCCAUCAUCUUCGUCCUCAUCUGAGGAAUAA